AUGUCAAUUCCCGCGCUGUUUGACAAAUUAAAAAAUGAUCCAUCCCAUACGGCUGAAUUGCUGAAUAAUCAUUUUGCAGAAAUCAUUUUGUCACAUGCAGAAGCAAAUGACCUUCCCAGGAAAAAGCAUAAGCCAGGCUAUUUACUCUAUCUUGAUAUAAGUGAUUUUACUGUUCUAAGUGAACAAGAAAGCCUUCAAACGCUAACGUCCAUAAUCACAUCAUAUUUUAGUUCAAUUGUCAGUGUAAUACUUAGUUAUCACGGUGAUAUUUAUAAAUUUGCUGGUGAUGGUCUUCUUGCACUGUGGACAGAUGAUUAUGAACAGUUACUGAGUUGUGCUUGUCAAUUACAGCAACAUCAAUAUACCACUAAUGACAGUAUUCAGUUGCAAAUGAAAAUUGUGGUAACCUAUGAUGCAGCAAUGAAAACAAUUAUUUUGGGUAAUGAUGAGUUCAAGCAUUACGUCACGCUAGGAAAAUGCUUACAAGAGUUAAACGAAUGUGAAGCGAUUUGUCAACCAGGAGAAAUCAUUAUAACUCCUUCAAUGUUAAGUCGAAUGCCACAUUUAUUGAAUAAAUAUCAGUUUAUUAAGAAAGAUAAUAAUUAUAUAUCACUGAAAUAUCCAGUAGGAGCGUUACAAAUGAAACAGCUGUUAUCAACUCAGAACUCAUUACCAGAUAACAGACAAUACUUACCAAUAAUCCAAACAUUUCUCCUCGAUUCUAAUAUUUGUCGACAAUUAUCCGAAUUACAAUGUGUUACAAUUACAUUUAUUAAUCUCGAUACUAUUUCUUCAUUGAUAGACGAUUAUCAACGAAUAUUUUUGCAAAUAUACGAGAUAACAAAAACGUUUGAUGGUCUGCUCACAAAAACAAUAUUAUUUGACAAAGAUUGGUCAUUUCUGUGUGUAUUUGGACUAUCGAUGUCUAAAGAUUAUAAUUCUGCUCAACAAGCAUUAAAAUCUUCGUUUAAAAUUCAUGAGGAAUUAGGAAAGUGCUCCAUUGGUGUGAGUACUGGUCUUACCUAUUGCGGCAUUAUUGGUGAUCCACGACAACGAUGUGAAUACACCGUCAUUGGACGAGAAGUGAAUUUGGCUGCACGUCUCAUGAGUACAUAUAAAAACGUAGUAUCGUGUGAUGAACGAACAAUGACAACAGCACAAUUAAACUCAUGCAACUUUCAUUACUUAGUUCAGAAAGAAUUAAAAGGUUUAGCAAAUGUUGGUCAAAUAUGGCAGUACAAAGAAUAA